AUGAGCAAUGUUCGUUCAGAAUGGCGUGUGCCGGACCCUCCAGAGAACGUUCGCUGUAAAACCAACUCGGAGAGUGCAACCCUGUGGUGGGAGCCACCGUCGUCAAUAAAUGAGAUUCUCGUUCGCGGCUACACAAUUUCGUAUGGUAUCGGCACUCCAAGUCGUCGAGUGAUCAUCGAAGGCGCAUAUACGAACGCCUUUACAGUUAACGGCCUAAGUUAG